GUUUCCCACCGGUGUUAUUUGGCUGCUGCACAUGGCUGAAGGCGCCUCGUGAGGGUCUGUCUCCAAGCAGGUGAAACGUUUGACUGAGGGUUAGAAAGACACAGAGGUCCAGCGGUCCGCUGGUCCCACAGCUGCCGGUCCGGCUCUCUGCUUGACCCGGGCUAACUGUGCGGCUCUGCUCUGCUAGCGGCGCGGCAGCUAACAGGCAGCAGUGAUGGCCAAGCUUCAGGGCUUCGAGUUUUGGAGGAAGACCUUGAAGGAGGCGCGUUUUGUAGUGGCGCCGAUGGUGGAUCAGAGCGAGCUGGCCUGGCGUCUGCUGAGCAGGAGACACGGCGCUCAGCUCUGCUACACGCCUAUGCUGCACGCUCAGGUAUUCGUCCGGGACGCCAACUACAGGAGAGAAAACCUUUACAAUGAGGUCUGUGCUGAGGACAGACCUCUCAUUACUCAGUUUUGUGCCAAUGACCCCGAGGUGUUCCUCCAGGCUGCCCUCCUGGCCCAGGACUACUGCGACGCCAUCGACCUCAACCUGGGAUGUCCUCAGAUGAUAGCCAAGAGAGGACACUACGGAGUUUUUCUGCAAGAUGAAUGGGAGCUGUUGAAGAGGAUGGUGAGUUUAGCCCAUGAGAAGCUCUCUGUGCCGGUCACCUGUAAGAUCAGAGUCUUUGAGGAGAUUGAGAAAACGGUCCGCUACGCUCAGAUGCUCGAGGAAGCCGGAUGUCAGUUGCUGACCGUUCACGGCCGAACCAAGGACCAGAAAGGAGCCAUGACGGGGAUCGCUAGCUGGGAGCACAUUAAAGCUGUCAGGAAAGCAGUGAGUAUUCCAGUCUUUGCCAACGGUAACAUCCAGCAUCUGAGUGAUGUGGAGCGCUGCAUUCAGGAGACCGGAGUUCAGGGGGUGAUGAGUGCAGAGGGGAACCUCCAUAACCCGGCGCUGUUCGAGGGCCGCAGCCCCCCUGUGUGGGAGAUGGCAGAGGAAUACCUGGAGGUGGUAAAGCAGCACCCUCCAUGCUCGCUGUCCUUCAUACGAGCCCACCUCUUCAAGCUCUGGCAUCAAACGCUGCAGAUCCACCAGGACCUGAGGGAGGAGCUGGCGAAGGUGAAGACCCUGGAGGGUUUAGCCCACAUAAGCUCACAGCUGAAGCGCCGCUGCCAGGAGGAGAUUUCUGAUGGGAAGGAGGGAGAGGGGAGGGAAGGCGGUCUGCCCUUCCCUCACUGGAUCUGCCAACCUUACGUCAGACCACCGCCGAAGCCGGCGGUGACCAACGGCAGCUGUCAGGAGUCGGAGGUGAAGAGCACAGUGCGUCAGAAAAGGGCUCUGGAGGACUCGGACAGACCGGCUGAAGGUCUAUCCAAAAACAAGCAGAAAAAAAGAUCCCGCAACCCCAACAAAAACUUCUCUCCGGAGCUGAAACCCAAAUACCUCAAAUGUGAGCAGUGUGGAAACCCAAAGGGGAACAAGUGUGUGUUCAAUCUGUGUCGAGGAUGCUGUAAGAAGAAGGCCUUUAAAGAGGUGGCAGACUGUCCCAGUCAUGGGCUGAGGUUCAAAACCAAAGCGGAGAAACUGAGAGCAGAAGAAGACAAGCAGGAGGAGCAGGUGCAGACGGAGGGCUCCAUGAUGGAGGCUGGGAAAAGGUCCUGUACCAACGGGAAGGAGCAGACCACGGCUUAGCUGCUGCUCACGCCAGGAUGAAAACCGUCUGUGGAAGCAGAGGGAGGUCCAGCUGUCCCAGCAGGGUCUGCUGGUCAUAUCAGCCUUUCUGCCUGGGGAACAUUUUCAGGGACAUCACAUCUCCUUCCAGCCCUGCGCUCCUUUGAACUUCUAGGGAGGAAAGAGGCAGUUAAAGCUGCUGGGAUCACAUUUGGGUUUACAAGAUGUUUUAUGCAAUUAAAGAUAGGUGGUUAAAACUGUGUUCAUAAAACUAGUUUCUCAUCUUCAUCAUGUUUGUCUGAUUCUAAGACGAUUCAGAACCAAACUCUUCAUCAAGGCAUAAAUAAACUGCCUUUACUUUAGUUUCAUCUGCUGUGAAUCUGAACUGUUAAGAAAAUCAACUUUUAUA